CAGAGAGACGACGCCGACAUUUUCCCUCACCCCGAUGGUUUCCGAUGGUCUCGGACACGUGGAGUGCGCGCGCGUGUGUGUAUUUUUAUCUGAAUAGCGUGAAGGACUACUUCGGGAGGGCCACCAGCACCAUUAGCCCGUCGGACGCAAGCACAGGAGGAUUCGACGAUCGGGCGUCAAUCAAGAGCGACCAGUUGGGCCAGUCGCGCGUCGUCCGUCUCGCUAACCGCGUGAAGUGUGAGAACCACAACGAACCGUGGCGUGACGAAUCUGCCUGUCUGCCACCGCCUGGCACUGAAUGACUUGACUUGGCCGACACCAGCACCUGCGGUCGACAACGUUUGCAACGCGUUUGGUGCGACACAUUGCCGGAUGCGUCCGAGGUGCAUUACAUAACGGCUUGACCAUUCGUUCUAGUGCAGGGGCCGGCCACAGAAGUGUUAUCAUCGGUUGGACGUUCGGUUGGUCGGGUUCGGGUGCCUUAUGGGUCCGAGUUUGGGACUCCUCAGAUCUGUACCAGUGAUCGUGAUUUGUCUUGUAAACGAGCCACCGAGUGAAGCGCAGUGGAAUAGCUACCGUGUGUUCCGGCAAUAAUGCAUUUCCGAACCGUAUUGUCGUACUUGAUCGCGGGCGCAUUUGCAUUUAGCGCUCUGCCACGCAUCGACGGUGGCAAGGUGCUGUUCCUGGUGCCAUUUCCAGCACCGAGCCACUGGCUAUGGAUCGAGCACUUCAUCAAGGAGCUCUUGGCACGGGGUCACGAGGUAACGGCCAUCACCAACUUUGCGGCCAAGGAACUCCAUCCAAACUACACCGAAAUACUGAUCGAUCCACCGUACGACAUACCGUAUUACUUUCCCGUGUCGGACAUCUACGAAUCAAAGUACAACAGUGACCUGAGCAAUCUGUUCCUAUACUGGCGGAUCGGCUUAUCGACGACGCAGUACGCACUGGAGAACGAGCAAGUGCAGCAGUUUAUCGAGCAGGAUGAUACCGAUUACGAUGUGAUCGUCUCGGAGCAGUUCUACCAGGAAGCAUUCCUCAUGUUUGCGCACAAAUAUCGGGCCCCCAUUGUGACACUAUGUACACUGGGACAUGCGAACCAUAUCGAUCAAGCCAUGGGGCUCGUGACGCCCUGGUCAUUCGUACCUCAUCCGGUGCUGAUGUUUACGGAUGAUAUGUCCUUCUCUCAGCGGUGCUACAACUUCCUAAUCUCCAUAGCCGAUUUAGUGAUACGCAACCUGUACUACAUCCCGCAGCAAAACCGAUUGGCACAGAAGCAUUUCGCACAAAUCGAAGGCCCCGAACUGAUGCCCUCCAUUAGCGAUCUCGAGAAAUCCAUCUCAGUCAUCCUGGUAAAUAGCCACAUAUCGACUUCACCGCCACGGCCCACGAUUCCGGGGCUCGUGAACGUAGCGGGAGCACACAUUAAGCCCGCCAAAGCGCUGCCCGAAGACAUACGCAAAUUUCUGGACGGUGCCCGCGAUGGGGUCAUCUUCUUCAGCCUCGGUUCGUACAUGAAGAGCGUGGACAUGCCGAAGGACAAAAUGAAAGCAUUCCUGGAGGUGUUCCGAAACCUGAAACAGCGAGUAGUGUGGAAGUACGAGGACGAGGACGUUGCCCAUCUGCCACGAAAUGUAAUGGUGCGGAAGUGGCUGCCACAGAGUGACAUCCUGGCGCACCCGAACGUUGUCCUGUUCAUCACACAUGGCGGUAUGUUCGGUAGCCAGGAGGGUCUGUACCGUGGCGUACCGAUGCUGUACAUUCCGUUCUAUGGUGAUCAGCAUCGGAACGCACUGAAGGCCGAACAGGCCGGUUACGCGCUGACGAUCAACUUUCCCGAGCUGAACGUCAUAACGCUCGGUUCACGGCUCAACGAACUACUGACGAAUCCGACAUUCAUGAAGCAGGCCAAGCGAGCAUCGGAGCUGUUCCGGGAUAAUCUGGUACCGCCGAUGGAGGAAGCGAUGCACUGGAUCGAGUACGUCAUACGGCACAAAGGGGCGAAACACUUGAAAACCCAGGCAAUCGAGCUAUCGUGGGCUCAGUACUUGAUGCUGGAUGUCGUUGGUUUCUUCACGCUCAUCUUCCUGCUGCUAGCCAUCACGUUCUAUGCGGUGCUCGGCACUAUCCUAUCGAAACCACAGAAACCAAAAACCACGCCGAAGCGGGACACGCUGAUGAGCAGUUCGAAACGGAAAUUCAAAAUAAACUAAGUUCGGUAAAUGGAUGCAGUGCACAGAAGCGCUCAAGCGCAACACGAAUGAGAAAAAAUGG